UGACGGGUGGAGUUUUUGUAACCUCAGCCUUAAUUCAGGCCUGUCGUCCUGCGGUUUCCGCGCGGACGACGCGGUAUGCUUCUCCGUUUGAAGACGUUGGACCAUGCACACAGGUCCUUCGUCCUGCAUAUCGCCGGCCGAUUUGGGUGUUUCACCGCUUGUGCCGAUACGAUAUUUAGGUGCGUUGUUUAUUGCAACGGCUUUGUAGGCGCGUUGUGGAUCGCAACGGCCUUAGGUGCGUUGUGUAUUGCAACGGCUUUGGGUGCGUCGUUUAUUGCGACGGCUUUAGGUGCGUUGUUUAUUGCAACGGCUUUGGGUGCGUCGUUUAUUGCGACGGCUUUAGGUGCGUUGUUUAUUGCAACGGCUUUUGGAUGACGCAAUUAGCGUGUAGGGGAAUGAGGUGUACCGCUUCUAGGCAUAAUGUCGUGUGCGGCCGUUGAUGGCUCUCAUUCUAGAUGCCCGGGUCAUCAAAUAAAGAUGACCAUGGUAGGUCAAUGGACCCAAAUAUGAUCUGAAUCAUCAAAUAAAGAUGUUCGGAAGGUUAAGGCUUUGACCCACACCAAUUGGGGAUUUCAAUCCACUAGCAAUGGUGGUGAAGAUAAUAAUAAUAGUAGCAAUUAUUAUUAUUGUUUUCCUUUUUUAUUAGUAGUAAAACUAUAUUUUUCUUUUUCUCUUUGGAAUAGUAGUAAAACUAUUUUUCGGAAUAGUAGUAAAACUAUAUUUUCUUUUGAAUAGUGGUAAAACUAUUUUGCUCCAUAUUUAAUGCAUAAAAUAGGAGGAAAAGUUUGUGACUUACUUGUAUUUGGGCCGAAGCCUGCCCUGCUUAGAAUUCAAGCAGGGAAAUAUAAGAUUGGGCAAACUCCGAAUCCUUGGAGCUUAAUAGUCGGGCCACAUUUCAUCAGCCCAUCACUUCAUUUGAGGUUAUAGUAGGCCUCAGACCCUGUCCGCCUGUCAAUUUCAUCCGCAGGAAUGCAGGGGAAAAGUCGGUUCUAAGGGUCGGAGCAAGGGAGAAGUCUGCCGAUCCUGCUGUCAUUCUCCCGUCACCUAGCCGAGAGGCUUUUACUGACCGCGGUUCCCUCAAUUUGGUGCCGAAGGAACACAGGGACGAAGGUGGACGUCGAGGGGGAUGCCGGUUGAUGCCAUGCAAGGCCGAGGUGGUCCCAAUCCCCAUGCCGGACGAAGGUGGUGUUUGGCUGAGGUGGCCCUGUUUUCCUUCGAGUUUUACCCCGUGCGAUCUGUUGACCAAGGGACGGCAAGAAAUGCUGCACUGGCCGAGGAGUAGACUGGCCGAUGCGGGUCGCCAGGUGAGGUGGCCCUGUUUUGGCCGAUGCGGUUCAGUCCGGACGAUGCGGUCGCUUGACGGGGUGGCUCUGUUGUGGCCGAUGCGGUACCGGCGAUGUGGUACCGGACGAUGCGGAGCCGGCGAUGUGGUACCGGAUGAUGCGGUGCCGGGCGAUGCCAAGCCAGACGAUGCGGUGCCCCUUUUUAGCAGGUGCGGUGUGCCGAUGUGCCCUGGGCCGCUGGCCAAUGCGUGCAGGCUGAUGGUGUCCCAGUCGGUGGUGCACUAUGGCCGAUGCGGUUGCUUGACGAGGUAAUCCUGUUUUGGACGGUGCGGUCCGGCCGAGGUGGAGCCGGCUGAUGCGCGCUGGGGGAGGAAGCGCAGCUCUCUGGUAAGCAGGUAAGCAGGUUGACGACGUUGCCAGCAGAUGGGGUGCCGGCCGAUACGGCGUCCUUCUUUUUGGCCGGUGUGGUGUGCCGGCCGAUGUGAGGCCGAUGCGAGCAAGCCAACGAGGUUUUGUGGCCGAAGGUGAUCUCUCGGACGAGGUGACCCUUUCUUGGCUGACAGAAUAUAGCGAAGCUUUGCUUGGCCGUUAUGUGUGGCCGAUGCGCUGCAAGCCGGCGGUGUUUGAUGGCUAAUGCAGUUGCUGACCGGUGCCGUUGCCGACCGGUGGGGUGUCUUCGUCGUUGUUUGGCCGAUGUGUCCCGGCCGUAGUGUUGAUGGGGCCGGUGCAGUUUGCCGGAGGUCCCACCAUCUCUUUGUUUGGCUUUUCCUCUUGUUUUAGUUGUUCUUGGCCGACGUGCUAUUUGGGAGUUCUUCCCUUGAGCCAAGGAGCGUACACCACGUGCAAGAAGAGGUGACAUAGCCGAAGAGUACCCCUUUGGUUAAUCGUGAAUUUUAAUGAGGGUCAUGGGCUUAGGGUCCCACAAACUUGCUGGCUUUUCCUUUUGUUUGGCAGAUGGGAGGAGUGGUUCACUUUUGGCCGAGGAGUUCAUAUUGCCUCUACUAGGGCCGAAGUGAUACCACAUGCAUAGUUUACGUGUUGUGAUAUUUGGCGGGGAGGAUCUCACUUGAUAUAUUCUAGCUCUCAAUGAAAGCACCAAAUGAUAGAUUAUUAAUUCUAGAGAGAAGGGAGAACUAGAGAGAUAAAGUGAUAUGUAUAAAUCCAAUCAACCAUUCAACCAUCCCUUACAUGGCUCCCAUAGGGAGUAUUUAUAAAAGAAAAGAGGGUUGGGCUUCCAGGCUUGGGCCUGCCUGGCCCAGUUACAAUAAAAGGCCAAUAAAUGGCUAAUAAAUGGUAUCUAAUCUAUUCUAAUGGAUAUACAUGAAUAAAAUAGAGUGUACAAUGAGAUAAAUGCUAUCUACUGAGCGUAUGUGGGCCGCUGUCCGGGCCCAACAAUCGUGAGGCCCGGGGGUCCGAGUCUAUAUACUCUAUCAAUAGUCAAUGCCCUCAACCUGCCUAUUACCACACACCACAAGCCGGGCUUUAAACCGUUCAAUAGUACCAUUACUAUUAUAUUUGAUUUUGUAUACCCAUUUACAGUGAAUAGGUUUCUUGUGUGCAGGCAUUGGCACCAUGGUCCACGUUCCAGUAGCUUCCAAAGCAUCAAUCUCACGACGCAUGGACUCCCUCCAUCGUGGAUCUCGGACAGCCUCGUUAUAAGAAACAGGUUCCUUCUCAUGAGAAAUAGCUGCAAGAAAUGCUUGAUGGCGUACGGAGUAAGCAUCAUAAUUUAUAUAACAAGUCAAGGGAUACAGAGUACCUGAAGACGCAGACUGGAUGGGAUGGUCAUGGGGGUCCGUAGUCGCGGCAUGGGUCUGCACAUAGUCCUGUAGACGCACUGAGGGAAUUUUUCGUCUCAAGCCACGUCCCAGUGGUACACUGGCCUCCGAAGUAGAUUGCAUGUCCAUGUUGGACGUAUGCAUGUCAUUUGGCUCCACACGAGAUGUCUCUCCAGCAUAUUCCAUGGGAUCAAUUACUCCCUCUGACGUGUGAAAAGGAGCCUGCAUGCCUGUGGGAGUUGCAUGCGUAGUGCUUAGUGGAAGAUGAUGUGGCGCACUUGGAUAUAAAGAUUCAACUACUGAUAACUUAUCAUCCGUGUUGAGUUUAAUCCAACACGAUAUAGUAAAUAUAUGUAUAAAUGUGUAUGAACAACUCAGUUUUUACGUGGAAACCCGAAAGGGAGAAAACCACGGGACUUUUUAGGCUAAUGUCCAAGCCCUCUCAAUUCUCAUUAGGCUCUCCUCACCAUUACAUAGUACAUUUUGAGCUCCAUUCAUGGAGUAUUUGAGCUAUUCUAGAGGGAGAAGGAAGAAGGAACCCCCUUACAUGGAGGGAAAACCUCCUAUAAAUAGGGGAAGGGGAGAAGGGGCUCUCCACCCUAAUGGGCCAAACGGGCCAGAGUGGGCCCAAAUGGCUAAAGUGGGCCGGAUGGGCCGAAAUGGGCCUAGCUGCUCGGGCUCCGUACUACGUAAAGCCUUGGACUCAUGAACAGUAAUAGGCCGGGAUAAUAUAUCCCAACACAAGUCCCCCAGUUUCUUGAGUAGUGAGCUCGCGAAUCUGCUCGAGAAAAUAUACUCUGCCUGCGCUCUUCCUCUGUCUUGCUGGAAACUGUGUCUUCACAUAACCAUCAUAUAUGAGUGAGUGUCUGCACUCCUGAACGUAAUCUACCAGUGAGGCACCCCCCUUCCCGACAGGGUCGGGCGAAGGGUGUUCCUCCACGGGCACACUCCCCCUGAAUGCAUCAGGCGGGAGUAAAGGACUCUGACUCGAGCUUUCCAAUCGGAGAAGCUUAGAGGUCCAUCAUCUAUAACCCGACGUCGCGGUACUAUCAAAACAUGAUGCACGUGUGUAUGUAUGAAUGUAUGAGGUAUGAUGCAUGAAUGUAUGUAUGCAUGUAAUGUGUGUAUGUAAUGUAUGAGAGAGGGAAUGCAAGAUGUGAUAGAAGCAGUAGCUCUCAUCGAUAACCCGGGCAUGUCAGCGCCGAGAAGCAGACGUGCUGCAUAAGACGGGUCCCCCAUCCGAGAUGGCAUGGGCGGAGCCGAAGGUGGACUAGACAUGAUGCCGCCGAGGGGCCAAUCAUGCUGCAUACGACGGGUCCCCCAUCCGAGAUGGCAUGGGCGGAGCCGGAGGUGAACUAGACAUGAUGCCGCCGAGGGGCCAAUCGAGUUGUAUAAGAGAUGUUCGUCGCCAUCCUGGAAGGGAUGGGCGAGCCGAACACGAGCCAGACACGAUGGCGCUGGGGCGCUGAUCGUGCUGCAUAUGAGACGUUCGUCGCCAUCCUGGAGGGGAUACGUGAUCCGAACGUGAAAGAGACACGAUGGCGCUGAGGGACCGAUCGUGCUGCAUAAGACGGUCGUCGCCAUCCUGAAGGGAAUGUGCGAGCCGAACCGUGAAGCCAGGUACGAUGGCGCUGAGGGGCCGAUCGCACUGCAUAAGACGUUCGUCGCCAUCCUGGAAGAGAUGCGCGAUCCGAACGUGAAAGAGACACGAUGGCGCUGAGAGGCCGAUCGUGCUGCAUAAGACGGUCGUCGCCAUCUUGGAGGGAAUGCGCAAGCCGAACCGUGAAGCCAGGUACGAUGGCGCUGAGGGGCCGAUCGCACUGCAUAAGACGUUCGUCGCCAUCCUGGAAGAGAUGCGCGAUCCGAACGUGAAAGAGACACGAUGGCGCUGAGAGGCCGAUCGUGCUGCAUAAGAUGGUCGUCGCCAUCCUGGAGGGAAUGCGCAAGCCGAACCGUGAAGCCAGGUACGAUGGCGCUGAGGGGCCGAUCGCACUGCAUAAGACGUUCGUCGCCAUCCUGGAAGAGAUGCGCGAUCCGAACGUGAAAGAGACACGAUGGCGCUGAGGGGGCCGAUCGUGGUGCAUAAGACGUUCGUCGCCAUCCUGGAGGGAAUGGACGAGCUGAACGUGAACUGGGUACGAUGGCGCUGAGGGGCCGAUCGUACUGCAUAAGACGGUCGUCGCCAUCCUGGAGGGAAUGUGCGAGCCGAACCGUGAAUCUGGACACGAUGGCGCUGAGGGGCCGAUCGUGGUGCAUAAGACGUUCGUCGCCACCCUGGGGGGAUGGACGAGCUGAACGUGAGCUGGGUACGAUGGCGCUGAGGGGCCGAUCGUACUGCAUAAGACGGUCGUCGCCACCCUGGGGGGAUGGACGAGCUGAACGUGAGCUGGGUACGAUGGCGCUGAGGGGCCGAUCGUACUGCAUAAGACGGUCGUCGCCAUCCUGGAGGGAAUGGGCGAUCCGAACCGUGAAUCAGGACACGAUGGCGCUGAGGGGCCGAUCGUGAUGCACAAGACGUUCGUCGCCACCCUGAAAGGGAUUGAUGAGCUGAACGCGAGAUGGGUAUGAUGGCGCUGAGGGGCCGAUCAUACUGCAUAAGACGGUCGUCGCCAUCCUGGAGGGAAUGUGCGCACCGAACCGUGAAUCAGGACACGAUGGCGCUGAGGGGCCGAUCGUGAUGCACAAGACGUUCGUCGCCACCCUGGAAGGGAUGGACGAGCUGAACGCGAGAUGGGUAUGAUGGCGCUGGGGGGGCCGAUCAUACUGCAUAAGACGGUCGUCGCCAUCCUGGAGGGAAUGGGCGCACCGAACCGUGAACUGGACACGAUGGCGCUGAGGGGCCGAUCGUGAUGCACAAGACGUUCGUCGCCACCCUGGAAGGGAUGGACGAGCUGAACGCGAGAUGGGUAUGAUGGCGCUGGGGGGCCGAUCAUACUGCAUAAGACGGUCGUCGCCAUCCUGGAGGGAAUGGGCGCACCGAACCGUGAACUGGACACGAUGGCGCUGAGGGGCCGAUCGUGAUGCACAAGACGUUCGUCGCCACCCUGGAAGGGAUGGACGAGCUGAACGCGAGAUGGGUAUGAUGGCGCUGGGGGGCCGAUCAUACUGCAUAAGACGGUCGUCGCCAUCCUGGAGGGAAUGGGCGCACCGAACCGUGAACUGGACACGAUGGCGCUGAGGGGCCGAUCGUGAUGCACAAGACGUUCGUCGCCACCCUGGAAGGGAUGGACGAGCUGAACGUGAGCCGGGUACGAUGGCGCUGAGAGGCCGUUCGUACUGCAUAAGACGGUCGUCGCCAUCCUAGAGGGAAUGGGCGAUCUGAACCGUGAACUGGGUACGAUGGCGCUGAGGGGGCCGAUCGUACUGCAUAAGACGGUCGUCGCCAUCCUGGAGGGAAUGGGCGAUCCGAACCGUGAAUCAGGACACGAUGGCGCUGAGGGGCCGAUCGUGAUGCAUAAGACGUUCGUCGCCACCCUGGAAGGGAUGGACGAGCCGAACGUGAGCUGGGUACGAUGGCGCUGAGGGGCCGAUCGUACUGCAUAAGACGGUCGUCGCCAUCCUGGAGGGAAUGCGCGAUCCGAACGUGAAAGAGACACGAUGGCGCUGAGAGGCCGAUCGUGCUGCAUAAAAAUGGUGAUGAUCAUCUCAUGGCCCUCGGCCUGUCGGUGAGUGAUAAUCGUCUCACGGCCCUCGGCCGUGCUGGUGAUGUGUCAAGUCUCUCUCCUGAUUGGCUGUGAGAAGCCGAUCGUCUGCCAGGACUCCAUCCGGGAAGGAAUGGUGAGCCUGAAAUAAAUCUGGGUGAUGUCCCUCCUAUCUGACCUGAGGAGCUAGUCUUCGUUCGUCUACCGUAUCCGUGGUCCUAUGUACGGACCGCUAAGCAGUGUACACUCGGCACGCACAGACUCCGGUAAAGAGCUGGUCCAUCGUGUCUGAUCCAUGGAGCUGGUCUUCGUUCGUCUACCGUAUCUGUGGUCCUAUGUACGGACCGCUAAGCAGUGUACACUCGGCACGCACAGACUCCGGUAAAGAACUGGUCCAUCGUGUCUGAUCCAUGAAGCUGGUCUUCGUUCGUCUACCGUAUCCGUGGUCCUAUGUACGGACCGCUAAGCAGUGUACACUCGGCACGCACAGACUCCGGUAAAGAGCUGGUCCAUCGUGUCUGAUCCAUGGAGCUGGUCUUCGUUCGUCUACCGUAUCCGUGGUCCUAUGUACGGACCGCUAAGCAGUGUACACUCGGUACGCAACAGACUCCGGUAAAGAACUGGUUCUUCGUUCUUCCCAAGUCUCGUGAGUACUGGUCUCCUGGUUUCGCAGGAGACGUUCGUCAUCCCAACUAUGAGAAGGAACAGGUUUAUCCACGUCGGGAUUCCCUAUUCUUCGUUCGUCCCUGUCGUGGUCCUACUAAUCUUCUUACUUCGAAGAAGACGUUUGGUCAUCCAACGAUCGCAAGGAGGAACAGGUUUAUCCACGUCGGGAUUCCCUAUUCUUCGUUCGUCCCUGUUGUGGUCCUACUAAUCUUCUUACUUCGAAGAAGACGUUCGGUCAUCCAACGAUCGCAAGGAGGUCACUGGUUUAUCCACGUCGGGAUUCCCUGCUUCGUCGUCCCAUGCUCGUGGCCCUACUAGCCUUCUGCUUUGGCAGAAGGUGUUCAUCGACCCACGGGAAAUGGGAGGAACUGGUUUAUCCUGCCGAGGUUCCCUUUGGUACGUCUAGCCUCCCCCACGAUCCUACUAACCUCCGCGUCGGGAGACGUUCGUCAUACGCGGCGAAGGAAGAUCAGGCAUACCUCGUCAAGACUCCCUCUCUCAUAGGAGCUUCUCUCUCCCCUUCUCCCCAUCUUUUCUCUCUCUCUCUCUCUCUCUCUCUCUCUCUCUCUCUUUUUUUUUUUUUUUUGAGGGAGGAAAAUACGUUCGUCGGUUCUAAGAAUGACCACAAGUGAUGUCACACAUAAUGGUGGUGGGAUAUCAAAAUGAACAGAAUGACGAGGCGAUGGAAAUGCUGGUCGUCAUGCGAAGGCGAUGGUCACCCUCCCGAAGGGAGGGGUGAGCCUGAUCGCUAACCCAAGAAGGUCGGCGUUGGGAGCCGAUAAUGAUCAUCAUGUCGCUGAGCAGUCGGUCCUGAUAAGGAGAUGAAAAUAGUGUCCGAUCAGGCCGAUAUAUCCAAGCAACGGCUCUCAUCCACGCAGCGCGGGGAUGAAACCGGUCUUCAAAAGAUAAAUAUGUCGUGCCGAGAGGCCGAUCAUAACAUGAUAGUGUCGGCAGUCAGAGGCCGACCUGAAAGAAUCAAGCAAUGGUCCUCGUCCGCGAGGGGCGGGGACAAGGCCGGUCUUCAAAAGAUAAGCACGCCAAGCCGAGGGGCCGGUCGUGGUAUAAUGGUGUCGGCAAUGAGCGGCCGAUCUGAAAGAAUCAAACAACGGUCCUCGUCCGCGGGGUGGCGGGGACGAGGCCGGUCUUCAAAGAUGAUAAUCACUCCAGGCCGGGGGGCCGAACAUGAUAUGACAGUGUCGGCAAUGAGCGGCCGAUCUGAGAAAAUCAAGCAACGGUCCUCGUCCGCGAGGGCGGGGACGAGGCCGGUCUUCAAAGAUGAUAAUCACGCCAGGCCGGGGGGGCCGAACGUGAUAUGACAGUGUCGGCAAUGAGAGGCCGAUCCCACAAAUCAAGCAACGGUCCUCGUCCGCGAGGGCGGGGACGAGGCCGGUAUUCAAAAGAUAGGCACGCCGAGCCGAGAGGCCGGUCGUGGUAUAAUGAUGUCGGCAAUGAGAGGCCGAUCAAGUGUAUCCGUGCAACGGCUCUCAUCCGCGCAGCGCGGGGAUGAUACCGGUCUUCAGGUGAUAAAUACGCCGUACCGCGAGGUCGGUCGUGAUGUAAGGAUGGUCCCCCGACCCUCGGCCGUAGUGGUCUCCUCUAGGCCACCGGCUCCUGGUGUGGAGAUGCUCGUAUCACGGCUCUCAGCCGUGAUGGUUUCCUCUUGGCCCUCGGCCUCUGGAUGAUGGAUGAUCGUCUCACGAUUCUCUGUCAUGGCAUUCGCCUCUAGAUCCUCGGCCUCUAGGUGUUCUUCCUAGGCCAUCGGUCUCUGGGGUGGAGAUGCUCGUCCCACGGUUCUCAACCGUGGUGGUCUCCUCUAGGCCCUCGGACCCUAGGUGGAGAUGCUCGUCUCACGGUCCUCAACCGUCAUGCUCUCCUCUUUAGCCGGCCCUGCACGUAUUCAAGACUCGGGCCGAGCGUCUUCUAAUCAUUUCACUCGAGCGCGUCGAGCGGCUUCAGCUGCGCAAUAAGCAUGGUAACGGGCCGCACGGCCCGACAAUAUGUAUACACACGCAAUCAUCUGCAUGGCUUUCUUUCUAAUAUCCACGAUUACCGGCCUAUGGGUUAUCGUGACCUUCGGCCCGGCUCAUCGUGCGGGGUUAAUGGACGUAGCAGCUCGCGGCGGGGCCAAUUAGCAGCCCGCCGAACGUCACAUAGAGAUAUUCAUCGGUCUGUGAGUUUUCAAACUCAGACCCAAGUUGGUCGCACCGCCCUCGGAAACACGAGGCCGAGCGCUUUGGUGCCCUCGGGGCCCCACAGGCCGCGUCUGGCAAUAGUCACUUCGCGCCUAAUGGCGUAGAUGAUACUGGGGUACGAUCGUCGAUCGGGCACGUAGUGCCGUGCAGACUAACGUGCAACCCUCAAAUUAAAAUGCGUCGUCGGGGCGUCGCCCUUUUGGAGACGCUCAGACCGCUUAAUCAAGCUGAUCGAGAGUGGGCCAUCAGGCCCACAAGAAAUCAAAUACUUAAUAAAAUGUUAGCUGAACUAACCAUCACUUGAGCCUCGCUCAGCAUUAUUUAAUUCGGGACAUUUUAUCCCUAAUAAAUAAUAGUGACAUAACCGGCAAUAGCAAUGAUACUUCCCUAUCAAAGGCCAUUCAAGUAUACUCCGUUCGCUAAUUAAAGCCGAUCAGGAGCGGGCCGACAGCACAUACAACCAGUCAUUAAUUAAAAUGAUGGUGGAAUUAAUUAUCACUAGAGCAUCGCUCGACAUUAUUUAAUUUCGGGAGAUUUUAUUCCCUAAUAAAUAAUGGUGAUAAAGAAUAAUAGUAGCCAUGCUUCUAACAUUUUAAACAUUUAAUAAUUAAUGUACCAAUUUAGAAGUUAUAGGUACUUAGCUUCUUGGAGAUGGGAGCUUCGGCCAUCAGGAUUUGUGGAGUCAGCCUUGCCAACUUUUGACUUUGGUCAAAAGUACUCCAGCUUUACUCGUUUGCUACCAUUCGUCCUUCGAACGUGGCCUUAUGAGAACCAAGGUAUUUGACUGGCACGUAGUGCUCCGUAUCUUUUGGAUAGAUUGUUGAAGGAUCUGCUUACAAGCUCACCGACCCAGAGCGGUUAGUAUGUGCAGCUCAGCGACGGUGGAGAUGGCUGCUGCAGCGGAGCAAGGGCGGCCCGAAAAGCUUGUCUCCGGCGGAAAAUCAGCUGGACUUCGAGAUACACACUAUUCUAAGCUCCCAACCGCCAUUAAUGGCGGAAACACCCCUGGCUCGAGGUUGAGCUGCAACGGAAGCAGAGAAAAGCCAUACUAACCGGCGAGGUGGAUGAGUCCACUGCUACGACGCUCGCCGGUGCUCUGGCCUGAUGAAAGAGCCGCAACUAGGGUGAUGAAAUUUGAGGCAGGCCGGAGUUCGUACUCCACCUCCGGCUCGGUGCAGCGUCGCCGCCGGGCUGGUUAGGCUCUGGUGGCUUCUUCCGAUUCUUUUCAGAUCUGGGCGUUUCCAACCUCCUUUCUUUUUCUUCAAAUCAGUAGCUUUUUCGUAUCAAUUUUUUUUUUUGUUGAAAAUCAGUUCUCCCGUCUCAGAUUUUUCGUAGAAAAAUCAAGAACACGCUAAACUUUUCGAACUGUGAUGAAAACGGUUAGCAACACAAGAGGGGGGGUGAAUUGUGUGUGUGUGGAACCGUGGCAGUUUUUCGCCGAGUUCUAGUGUGGGAUAGAGGGAAUUGCAAAAUAGUAAAGUGCACAAGAAUUUAACGAGGAAAAAUCCCUUGGCUCAAAGGGAUUAAAAAACCUCGACCUCCCUCGGAGGAAUUUUAAACAACUUCACUAAACAAGCCUUUGAAAGAGUUACAAGAGUGAUUCUCCUAAUCUACCCUUGAGCCUCCCCAACUCUAUCCUCUCUUAGGAAGAGUUAUGCAUCUCUACCUUGCGGGUAGAGAGCCUCUCAGCUUUGUCACAAAGCUCUCACACACACUUAACCCGAGGCAGCUACUCUAGCCAAUUAAGCCUCACUAGUCUAAGUACAAUAUGAAAGGGAAAGAAGAAACUCUAUCUAGAACUCCGAGCAGGCAGUUUCAGUCGCCAAGGACUUGAUCUUUUCUUGAAUGAUUCUUCUAAGUAUUUUUCUCAGUUCAGCUACACCUUCUUGUUUAUACUGCUCGAGUAUAUAUAGUUUGGUAGAAGAUGUCCGUUGAUCUUCUUUUCCUUAGAAGCUUGGUAGACUUGCCUUGAUAUUUUGAAUUACCUUCCUUAUG